AUGAGAAGCCCUGUUUUGCUCGUCACGCUCCUUGCGACAAGCUUCGCUACUGCCCUUGUCGUGCCUGCUGGCAAGGCUCCUGUGGGCAAGGUUCCUGUUGGCUUCUCUCUUGAGGCGAGCACGCGCAGUGGCUCCAAACCUAGCUUUGUCAGGGCGCUCGUCGCUGCAAAGGAGAAAUGGGGUGAUGGUGUUCCGCGACAGAUCCUGGAGGACUUUUCUCUUCUUGAUGAUGAUGGCCAGGUGAACGUGGAGCCCAUGGAGAACGACGCCAUCUACAUCGCCGACGUCAAGAUUGGUAACCCUCCCCAGACGGUCAAGAUUGCCAUCGACACUGGAUCCGCCGACUUGUAUGAAGCCCACUCCCAUCCCAACAUGUCCAGGACCUCUCGUCGUCUUCGCGAUGCGAUGUGGGAUGUUUCCUACGUCGACGGCACCCACGCUCAUGGCAGCGUCUAUCUCGACACGGUCCGCAUAGGCGACUUCGAGCUCAAGGACGCAGCCAUCCAGUCAGCGCACAUUGUUGCCAUGCGAUUUGAGACUCACACCGAGAUCACGGGUAUCAUGGGCCUUGCCAAGAACCUCUCCAGCAAUGUCAGCCCUCAGACUCCCUCUCUGCUCGAUACGCUUCGUCCCCAUCUCGAAAGCCCAGUCUUCACCGCUGAUCUGCGUCGCAAUGCCACUGGCCGCUUCGAUUUCGGUCGUAUUGACGAGAGCCGGAUCAAGGACAACAUCACGUGGGUCAACACGCGCGAGGAUAGUCCUCACUGGGAUGUCGCCUUUGAUAUGACAGCCUGGAACGGUCAGCGCCGUGUUUGGUUCGCCCACACAUUCGAGGCCACCGUCGACACGGGGACCUCGUUGCUGUUCAUGCCCCCUUCUCUUGCUGCUCUGUACUGGUACGACGUGCCAGGCAUGCGCAUCGACCCUCGUCUCGACAACUCCUUCACAUUUCCCUGCCAAUUUGCUGAAGGUCUGCCAGACCUCAUGUUCAAGAUACCCGGCACAGAGCACAUACUGACCAUCCCCGGGUCGUACCUCAACUAUGGACCCGUCAAGGACGAUCCAGAGUACUGCUGGGGAGGCAUGCAGAGCGCCGACGCUAUUGGCGGUGUCACCAUCUUUGGUGACGUGGUGCUCAAGGCGCUAUACGUUGCUUUCGACCUGGAGAACAACAAGGUUGGGUUUGCCAACAAGCAUCUCGACGAUGUCGAUGAGUGA